AUGGCGACCGUCGCACGCGCAUUCAAGGCCACCGCACCCGCCGCCCAACGACUGCGGCGCACGCGCGACCCGCUCACCUCGUCCUCCGUCGCCCAGCACUUCACCCUCCCCUCCGGCUCACACUUUGUCGUGCGCCCUCCCCCGUCCGUCUUGCCGCCCACCCUGCCAGUCCCACCAACCGAGGCGGCACUCCCUCACGCCGACAAGUUCGCACAGACGCCGUUCGCGAGCGCAGUGCACCAACCCGCCGUAGCUUCAUCGCUUCCGCCCUCCUUGCACGCCCAGCAACCCCAGCAGGCGAAUCAGCACCUCCUCGCUCCUUCUCGACCACCCCCCGCCACCCCCGAAAAGAAACUCUCGCCUCAAGAGGUUCAGGAGUUGCAGGCAUUGAGGCGGAGCGACUCGAACUACUGGACCACGGGCACCCUCGCGCGCAAGUUUGGCGUCUCGCGCAACACGGUCACGAUGCUCGGGUUUGGCGAGGGGAUCGAGGCGGAGAGGAUUGCGGCGGAGCGCAAGAGGGUCGUCGACGCGGCAAAGGCGAGGAGGGAGGAGAGGUACGGAUGGCGCAAGGCGAUUGCGCGCGAGGAGAGGCAGCGGAGGAGGACGCUGUGGUGA